AUGGCUGCCGCACUCCCGCAGUCCAUCUUUCCGGACAGCUACGUCGGUUUCGACAGCAUCACCAAGCAGAUCGAGAAGAAGUCGGUGAAGCGGGGGUUCCAGUUCAACGUCAUCUGCGUCGGCCAGACGGGCCUCGGAAAGUCGACGCUCAUCAACACCAUCUUCGCGUCCCACCUCAUCGACAGCAAGGGCCGCUUCCACCCUGACGAGGAGCCCCGCACAACCACCACCAUCCACCCCGUCUCGCACACCAUCGAGGAGAACGGCGUGCGUCUGCGUCUGAACAUUGUCGACACGCCUGGCUACGGCGACCUGAUCAACAACGAGCGCUGCUGGGACCCCAUCGUCAAGUACAUCAAGGACCAGCACAGCGCCUACCUCCGCAAGGAGCUCACAGCCCAGCGUGAGAGAUAUCUCCAGGACACACGCAUCCACUGCUGCUUGUUCUUCAUCCAGCCUUCUGGCCACGCACUGAAGCCCAUCGACAUUGUUGUGUUGAAGAAGCUUAGCGAGUUCGUCAACGUUGUGCCUGUCAUUGCCAAGGCGGACAGCUUGACCCUCGAGGAGCGCGCUGCUUUCAAGGAGAGGAUAAAGGCCGAGUUCCAGUUCCACAACCUGCGCAUGUACCCCUACGACAACGAGGAGGACGACCAGGACGAGAUUGCCCACAAGAACCAGAUCAAGGAUCUCAUUCCUUUCGCCGUCAUUGGUUCUGAGAAGACAGUCGUCGUCAACGGACAGAACGUUCGCGGACGCCAGACCAAGUGGGGUGUCAUCAACGUCGAGGACGAGAACCACUGCGAGUUCGUCUACCUGCGUGACUUCCUCACUCGCACCCACCUUCAGGACCUCAUCGAGACCACCGCUCAGAUCCACUACGAAUCCUUCCGCGCCAAGCAGCUGCUUGCCCUCAAGGAAAGCUCCGCUGUUGGCGGCCACUCUUCUCGUCCCAUCUCGCCCUCCGCCGAUCGCGAGCUUAGCAGGAACAGCCAGCGUAUGACCAUGAACGGCUACUAG